AAAAAGGAGAGGCUAUUAUAUUUGCCUCCUGAAAGGAAAAGAAAAAAAUGCAGUCCUGCUGGGAGGUUAUUAGAUGCUGCAGGGAAUUGUAAAAACAAGCAGGUGAAAUAUUACUGGGAACGCAAUGGACCUGUAUGGGAAGAUGGCUGCCACUCAGGAUGUGAAAGGGAAGGGAGAGGGAGGGGACCAAAAUUUUGACUACAUGUUCAAGCUGCUGAUCAUUGGCAACAGCAGUGUGGGCAAAACGUCUUUCCUGUUCCGCUACGCCGAUGAUGCCUUCACUUCAGCCUUCGUCAGCACAGUGGGCAUCGACUUCAAAGUGAAGACUGUGUACAAGAAUGACAAGAGAAUCAAGCUGCAAAUCUGGGACACGGCAGGCCAGGAGCGCUACAGGACCAUCACCACUGCUUACUAUCGUGGGGCCAUGGGCUUUAUCCUCAUGUACGACAUCACCAAUGAGGAGUCCUUCGGCGCUGUGCAGGACUGGUCAACCCAGAUAAAAACCUACUCAUGGGACAAUGCUCAGGUGGUGCUUGCUGGGAAUAAGUGUGAUAUGGAAGAAGAGAGAGUGGUCUCAGUGGAUAGUGGCCGACUGCUGGCAGAACAGUUGGGGUUUGAGUUCUUUGAGACAAGCGCCAAGGACAACAUCAACGUGAAGCAGACCUUUGAACGUCUCGUUGACCUUAUUUGCGACAAGAUGUCCGAGAGCCUGGACACUGAUCCGGCUGUGACCACGGGAGCCCCCACUGCCAAACUCACAGACAGUGCUCCGCCCCUCCAACAACCCGGAUGCAACUGUUAGUGACCGAGGGCAGGAAGCGGACGGAGAGCAGUGCAGGUCCUGAAAGGUGGUACAGUGUGCAGAGUAUUGUUCUCCCUCAGCAUAAUCACUCCUGCUAGCGCUGCUUUCUCUGGACUACAGUUCAAACCCUGUUUAGUAGUAGAAUUACAGAAGGCUGUCGUAUUAUCUCUCAACUUUAUCACCUUAUAUCAAGAGCAAACAGACAUGGCUGUUGUAAAAAUGUGUAACAUUACAGGAUAUCUAGAAUAUAGAGACACCAUAUUCUCAUUCUUUGCCUAGUUAGUAUGGUUAUAAACCAAGUAUGUUUUACUAAGGCUGGAAUUAGCUCAUAGUCAUACUGUACAGUUAAUCCUUAAGACCUUUAAAAUCUUUAAGACCUAGAAUAAUUAUACAAUGAGGGAUAGAGUCAGUGAGUGCUUGAAUAAUUAUUUUAUUUAGAUUUUUUGUACAGUAUGUAUUUUCCUUAUAUAGGUUUAUUUUGUAUCCUAAAGCUGCCAAAUCAAUGAUUUAGUGCACUACAGGAUGUAGCGGCUUUCUGUUGUGUGAUGAGCGUGUGGCUGUUGUGCGACUGUUCAGUAAGUGAGCGUGGGUUAGCACGAGUGUGAGUAUUAUGUCUGAGUAACAAAUGAUUGCAACUUUGCCAUCUAUAAAUCAUCUACCUUGGAAAAAAAGUGGCCUUUUAGCAUCUCCAAUACGGCCUCUGUAAGUCCCUCUGUCCUGCUUACUUCUGGAAUGGAUCCAGUAUGUAUAAUGUUGAUGUGAGUACUAUUCCACAAAUUUGCUGUCUGUAGACGUGUGAUUUCUCUGAUAAGUGUAUCUGUAAAUCUUAAAAGCAACUAUUUCCUUGUGCUUAGCCUCUAAGACAACCCUUUAUAGUUUGAUGCAACGAGCAUGCUGCCAAAAAGACAAUACCAUUUGCUGUUUCAAUCUAAAGACAGGCCUUACUAAAACCUAGACAUCUUCAACUCCAUAUGACAGCAUUUCAUUAGGUAAAAAUCUCACACUGUCAGUACAGUGUAAAAUAUACAACAGAUUGUCAGCUCUGGCAUGGAAUAAACAGCCAUAUAAUAAUAAUUUUUUAAAAAGUUUAAUUUCUGAGUCAGCAUGCUUAAAUGUCAUGUUUGUGCUUUAAAAUUAAGUCCCUCCUAAAUGACAAAUCUCAGUAAAUUCUUAAAAAAAAACACCAUAGACAUACAGUAGUUAAAAUGGGAAACUUCCUCUAGCAGGCAUAUGCUGUACUAUAGUGUCUUAACGAUAAGUCCAUGUAGUAUAAAAGUUGUAGCUUAUUUUAGAAUUCAGAAAAUGUUCAAUUCUGCAGUUCACAGAAGAAAAAAAAACCCGUGCCAAAACAUUAGAGUUCUUUUAGCAUUGUCAGUCGUUUGUUGCAUAGUUGAAUAAAAAGCUCCAAAAAAGUGCAUGAAGUCAGUCCUGACGUAUCUAUGUCAAUUUAUAUUAUAAGAUACUGUAUAUAUCACUCUGUGUUACAGAUAUAGGAGCAUUAUCAUGGCACUCGCUGUGUGAUGCAAUGGGCCAAUAAGUGCAAUAUUUUAUGAAUUAAACCCUGUACAUAGUUCCUGUCCUCGAGUAUAAUGACUCUAUCUGCAGUAUGUGAGUGAUGGUUGGUCAAAAUGGCUCUGAAACUGAUAUACAAUCUCUACAAAGGGAGUGUGUGCUUCACUCAGUAACUGCAGCCAGUGAAUGUGUGAUUUGAUGUGUGUGUAAGAGUGUAUGUGUGUGUACCGGCCAUAUUUAAGAGACAAAUUACAUAAUAUAGUGUAUUGUUUGUGUAUACCUUUUGUACAAAUGUAUUCACGUACUAUAUGCCGUUCCUGCUAACUGUUGGGUGUUGAUUGAACUUGUAUUAUCAUGUCAAAAUGCAGUGUUAUUGUGAAAGAUAGUCAGGGAGAUAACUUAGUCCAUGCCAUAUGCCAUACUGUUGUAAUUCCAAGAAAAGGGAUGCACAUAAUCUAGUUCAAAGACCCCGCGCAUAUGUGUGUACACAUGGUCAGUGUGUGCACAUCUGUGUAUGUGUGUGAUAAUAUAAUUUGAUGCUAAUAGCCAUGAAAUAAAUUAUUGUACUGAUCUCAAGACAAGAUUAAUUUCAUAGAGGAAUAGUUAAUGACAGCCAAACAGUCACUCUGGUCAAAUCUCAUUUUAGAGCAGUAUGACUUUACAUAUAAUUGAAUAUAUUUAUUUCUUGGGGUGCAAGCAAAGUAAGAAGUAUGUUUUUGAGAUUAUAGGAAAUAAAUCAAAUUCUAUCAGUG